GUAAGAAGAAAGCGGGAAAACAAGGGUGAAUCAAAGCUAAAACCCUACUUUCUCUCUAACGGGAACCAAAAAUGGCUUCCUUUCCUCCUCCGGGUUCACUCACUCUCUGCGAACUCAAUCGUGACCUGAUCACAGUGAACGCUCUGUCCGACGAUCAAGCCAACCAAACCUACGGAAAAAUCCUGGGAUCGGUCUUCAGUCCCGUUCCCUUUCACUCUCUGGAGAGCGAGGCUUCCGAUCAGGAAGGAGCAACGACGACGGCGAACGCCGCUGGAGAAAACGUUCAGAGGAAAGGUCCGGUGGCACUCUUGCAAGGGCUCGUGAACACCUAUCUCGGACGCCUCUUUUACCCUAACGAUGUGCAUUUGUUGCCGGAGGUUGAUCUCCAAGGAGUAAGCUGGCACCCUAAUAAGCAUAUAAUUGCUUUCAUUUCUGCCCCUACACAAGUUUUGGUUCGUGAUUACCAAGAGUCUGAGGGGAAGGAUCCGAGCAUUUUGGCGAAUGAGUCACAGAGAGACGUUAGGGUGCUGGAGUGGAGGCCCAAUGGUGGGAAAAUGCUUGCUGUGGGUUGCAAAGGUGGAAUUUGCAUCUGGGCUGCUUCUUAUCCUGGAAAUGCUGCAUCUGUUAGAUCUGGUGCUGCUUCCUUUUUAGGAAGUUUGUCUAGAAGCUCCGGAAAUCGGUAUAUCCUGGUUGAUUUUCUUCGUAGUCCAUACGAUGAGCAUGUCAGUGCUCUCACUUGGAGACCGGAUGGAAGAUACUUAGCGUCUGGUUCAUAUGAAAGCUCCUCAUUCACAGUAUGGGAUUUUGCUCAAGGUGUAGGGACACCCAUUCGACGGGGAUUGGGAGGCAUAUCAAUGCUGAAGUGGUCACCUACUGGAGAUUACUUCUUUGCUUCAAAAUUUGAUGGAACAUUUUAUCUUUGGGAGACAAACACUUGGACAUCAGAACAAUGGUCAUCAACAAGUGGUUUUGUAAAGGGAGCAACAUGGGAUCCGGAUGGGCGCAUGAUACUUCUUGCAUUUUCUGAAUCGUCAACUUUGGGAUCUGUUCACUUUGCAUCAAAGCCUCCCUCAUUAGAUGCUCAUCUGUUACCUGUUGAUUUGCCGGAAAUAUUAUCAUUGACAGGAAGUCAGGGAAUUGAAAAGAUAGCAUGGGAUAAUUCGGGGGAGCGAUUGGCUAUUUCUUUUAAAGGUGGAGAUGACGUGUACAGGGGACUGAUCGCCAUAUAUGAUACAAGAAGGACACCUCUUAUAUCUACAUCUUUAAUUGGAUUUAUAAGAGGGCCUGGAGACAGUCCAAAGCCAAUCACGUUUUCAUUUCACGGAAAAUUUAAGCAGGGACCAUUGCUUUCUGUGUGUUGGAGCAGUGGGUUUUGUUGCACUUACCCCCUCUUGUUUCGUCCCCAUACGCUUCCAUGACCAGGAUUUCUGUGAAAUUUUGUUGUUUGUACACCACUUGGAGAAAUUCCAAGUUAAUGUCAUUAAUUCAAUUUUUUGGAUUACUUGAGUUGUUUUACCUUCAAAUUAUAGGGAUGAUGGUAAUUGGAUUCUAACAUAUCUAUAAAAAUUAUCCAUAUUAUACGUCGUAUUUA